AUGCAGACUCCGACCCAGGAUCCCCAGGAUCCCCCGGGGACACCACCUCGUCCACCAUAUUCGCCGGUGACACCGGUAUUUGCGCAACUCGCGCCAGUGCCUUCGAAUGAGCCCAAAAUUGUGCCGCCCCCUCUGUCGCCUUCGCCGACAUCGCAACCCCCAGCCACACAUAGUUAUCCGCGCCCCCCACCAGCAAAUCCGCCCGUUUACAAGCCUGAGCCGCCCCCAGUCCCAAUCUCAGAAAGUGAAAAUCCAGAUGCGAUCGCGCUUCGAUCUGCAAUUUCGAUAUUGCAAAUGCAAAAACAACAGAGUCUGCGCGACAUGCAAACACUAGAUCGAAUGAAGAGCGCAGCAGAAGCAAACCCGGAAGCCUUCGCGCACGAUCUUGCGACAGGCAGGUUAAAGACCGAGGAUCGGGGCGCGGUGGUCCAAUUUUCCGAUGAUCAGGAAGGAACAGAAGAGGACGAUGGCAAACGCACGAAUCCCGACGGCUCCUCAGCUUCAAGCUUCGGCAACAUCCCUCCUCCUCAGAAUAUCGUGCGUAUGCCUCCAAUCAAUUGGGCCAAGUACAGCGUCGUCGGCGAGCCCUUGGACCGGAUGCACAAGGAGCAGCUUCGUCGUCCACAUCCUGGGGAGCCGAGAUGGGAACGCGCGCCGGAGCAUGUGUUAGCUUCACCAUACCGGCCGUUGGUAGAUCAGUUGGAGACUCCGGCCAAACUGGGCCGAUCCAGCAAGACAAAGAAAACGUGA